AUGUCGACCUUCUACUACACUGCCCAUCAACAACAUCAAGCCACCAAUCCGCAGCCUAUGCCGCAGACACAUAGCCACCAUGGUCGGUCUCGACGAGCACCCCGGUUGUCCGCGGCCCAGCACUCGCAUCGGCAAUUCCGUGCACCCAAAGUGGUCAAGGAAUUGGUUGUUACCGAACCUCCAAGCAUAAGUGCAUACCGGGCGCGCUUCGAGGCAGGACGGUCGUUCGACCUAGACGACGAUCUAGAGUUCUGCCCAAACCUCUUGACAUUUGAUGAGCGUCAGUCGGUAACGUCAGGCUCGUCGGAUCGCUCAUCGUUGUCGAGUGGCUCGCCCGAUUCAUCUCCUCUCCAAUCCCAGAUACAACCACAACAAAUCACACCCGCGUUGUCUAUUUCCUCUACUGUCACGUCCGCGUACAUGUCUCCAAACUUCGCCGGCAACCACAACAACCUCAAGAUCCAUCAACCGUCGGCGAUUCGUUCCCGCAACAACGCCAUUCCGAUUGUGAACCCUUCCACAGGUAACCGCAUUGCGAGCCCGCCAUCAUCCAUCUCACCAGGCAUGAUGCAGCAAACAACUGCCGCCCGCCGGUGGUAA